AAUAGCGUUCGGCCUAAUGGAGUUCAACCUGUUGGCACCUGGCCAGUCCAAUGACAGGAUGUGACUAUCGCGUAGGCAACAUGUCAUACCGUGACAGCGGGCCUAGCACAUAAACAUAAAUUAUUGGGCCCGAGACAUACUGUCUACUGUUAAGCUGCAUUUGGCUUACUCCUCCAUCGUAAAACCAUUUUUUUCUUCCUCCCUCCUAUUUUGAAAUCUGACUAGGUCAUUGGAUGACACGGUCGAAUAAAAUUUUGAAAUCAUAUUUCAAAAGAAAUCAAAAAUCUUAAGCUACAGUAAGGGUCCAAGUUUGCCAACACACCAUUGUUGACUUUUAAAAUUUUAAAAAUUCAUCAACUUUUACUCUCAUCGGCCGUGAAAAGGACCAAAAUCUUCCAUAACAUAGUAAAAAUUUCAACUAACGAAAGCGAUGUAGUCCACUCUGCCUUCGAGCCAACCCUAUCGCAAUUACCGCGACUCACCAGUAGUGUGUAAACCCCGCGCCAUUCUCGCGACAUCUCCAGUAGAUAGCUCAAAUAAUACAACCUCUAUCGCUAUCUAUGUAGUAACUACCUGCGCUUCACACGACGAAACCCCCCUAAUGCUGCACUACAGUGUCCCGCGUGUGUAGUAAAGUGUCAACUUCAAGUUUCUUAUCAGCAGAAGCACCAGCACCAGCACCAGCAGCAGCAGCAGGAAAAGUUCUCAGUUGUAAGGCGUUAUCUUUGUUGCAAGUGUCAGAGCGAUAGAGAGAGAGAAAGCGUGAGUGAGUGAAAAUGUUUCGUGCCUAUGGAUCACUUCCGCCAAGUGAGUGUUCGUCACCGCUUUCGCCGACGACGGGGGCUCCCUCAUCGCCAUUCGACCCAGCACCGGCGACGUCAUCGUCGUCGCCGUGGAUGACUCCCUCGUCAGUCGAUACGACCACAGCGGUGCAAGUGCCUCUGGGAAGAUCCUUGUCACUGUUUGAGACGGCCGAUGUCGGACACCACCAGAUGGAUCCAAUUGGACAGCGGCAGUGGUCGGGCGGUUGCUACGAUAACGACGACCCGGUUGGCUUGAGUCAGCUACUGGCCAGUGCGAGGUUUUUCAAAUCGGAUCGCUCCAACCGGAUGCGGACGUCAACGGCGGCGGCAAAAGGUGAGCUUCAUGUUACUUGGAACGGUAAGCCUUAUCUUGGUUUGACAUUUCAAUGAACAUUCAAGAUUAUCCUGA